AUGGCCACUAUCACCUUCUCCCUCGCAUACGUCGCCACGUCGGUCUCCACCCCCGCAGACGCUACACUUGUGGUACCCAUGUCGGUCAUCGCCGAAGCAGCCGAGUCUGCCGCCGACGACAACAUUCUCGACGCAGCACUAGAAGAGCUGCUGCUAGGCAUGAUCGACGGGGUAGACAGCGGAUCUUCCAUCGCUGGCUUUACAGACAAGGUGGCCUACCCCAUUGUCUAUCCGCUCUCGCUACUGGGAUGGGAGCAACGUGUGCUGGACGCCAUGAUGGCGAGGGGAUUUGCACUCAUCGAGCUCGAUGACGAGUUUGCCGACGUCAUGCGCAACGCUGCCGCUGCUGCCGACGCCUUCUUCAGCCUCCCACUGAGGGAAAAGUUCAAGUGUGCCCGCGACGAGAUGAUCGAAGGCUACGGGUUCAUCAACCGCGGCCGCGAAGUGUAUAAUGUCCAGGAGCGGUUUGUCGAGCUCGACGGCUCCGACUUUGCCUCGUCGAGCGCCGGCUCGGUCUCGAGCUCCGGCUCGGACUCGGACGAGUCGGACGUGCUUGGCGUCCAGCGCGAUCCGUGGCCGCGGUCGCUUGGCACUGACUUUCGCGAGACAAUCGAGGGCGCACUGACGCGCCUCAAGGCUCUUGCGCGCGAGUGCCUCGGUGGCGUCGGCUCUGCUACCGGCCUCGACGAAGACCGACUCGACGCUCUCGUCCACGUCCCACCGGUUGUCGACGAGGUCUAUGGCUUCCGCACCACCCUGCGGCUUCUGAAGUACUACCAAGGCGUGCCGUUUGACAACGAGCGUGCCGAAGAUGGCUCGUCUGACGACGACCUGUGGGACCCGGAGAUGUUUGCCUUUACCCGUGGCGACGCCCGCUGCAUCGAGCACGGCGACUCGACGCUGCUCACCGUCGCGCCGGUAUCUGCCGUUGCCGAGCUGCAGGUCGUCGACCGCGCAACAGGACGGUGGGCCAAUGUCGAGGCGCUGCAUCCGCCCGCAGCAGAUCACGCUCGCUAUGCUGUCGUCUUCCCGGGCUACUACGGUGCGUGGCUGACCAACGGUACACUCGCGGCGUCGCUCCAUCGCGUCGAGUCGUGCGCCGCGUCGGCUGAUCGCGUCUCGAUGCCGUUCUUUCUCCGCGUCGAGCCGCGAGUCCCAGUCCACCCCAUCCCAGUUUCCGGCCCGCCUCGCACUUCUGCCAACGAAGCGUACAUCCUCAAUCAGUGCUCCGUCGUUCCGCAGUUUGCCACCUGGCUGACCCGGUAUCCGCUGUGGACCAAGUUCAAGCCGCCAUCGGCAACCACCAGUGACACUCCGGCAGCCUCGGAUCCGACGGUGGCCUAGCAUGCACUGCUAUCGGCUGCGCGCAGUGCCUGUACAGCUAUC